AUGAGCCUCGAGUUUCUCCAGCGACCGAACAGUGACGCAGGCACAGCUCCUGUUCCUGUUGAUUCCACACCAGAACCCCAAGUCAACACCACCACCGCUCCCAUCGCCGUCCCCGAGCCCACUGCUGCUGCCUCUAUCCAAGAGCCAGUAACCACUCAAGAACCCAGCCCUUCUCAAGAGCCCGACACCGCUACCGAAGAGCCCGCACCCACACCCGCACCUCCCGCUACCAUGUCUUACGCAUCUGUCGCCGCCAGUGGGCCCCAGCAGUCCGAGGAGGAGGUAUGUUGUCGCUACUUGAUCUGUCCCCCAGACCACACGCUAACUUGUUUAUAG